AUGAGUUCUUGCGGCUGCUACAUUUUGGCGGAAGUGGGGGGCGGUCUGCUGGGAACAAAAGCGGUUGGUGGGAAAACUGUUGUGGGGUCGACAGUUGGAAGUACAUCCCCCCAGCUGGACGUCCUACUGAAUGCGCAGCACGAUUUGAAGGGAACUGUGUAUAAAAAGAUCAGGAAGAAAGUCGACCCGCAGGUCAAGGGCGGAACAGAAAACGACGAUACAGAGGCAGGGGGAAAAAAAAAACAGGAACAAAUUGAUAUAGAAAAGCUAGUGGAAGAUAACGUAGAACAGCUAAACCUAAACAAAAAGGAAAAGGAAAUAAUCAAAAAAAAGUGGAAAUACAUUUUAAAAAAAAACAAAGAAAAAUAUGGAAAAGUGUCUGAUGGGAAUAAAAUAAAAAUAUACAACGAUGGACAUACAGCUUUUAGAGACAUACUUCGAUCUAUAGAGAAGAGCAAAAAGAGGAUUUGGUUUGAGUCCUACAUUUUCGACGACUCUGAGUUAGCCAAGGAGGUGGUGGACAGUUUAUGUAAUGCGGCGAAGAGAGGAUGCGACGUCAUUCUUUUGAUUGAUUAUAUUGGAAGUUUGAAAAUUAAGAAUAAAUGGGUGAACAAAUUGAAGGAGAAUAAUGUGCAGGUUCUUUUCUUUAAUUCCUUUUUGAGUUCCUUCCUGAAUAUGUUGCCCAUUUUUUUUCGGGACCAUCGAAAGAUCAUUAUAGUGGACAACGCAGCGUACUGCGGGUCGAUGAAUGUUUCCGAUAGUGUUGUCCCGAGCGGCUUGGGCUGGCAUAGCGACGGGAUGGGCCACAUGGACGAGGUGGAGGAAGAAGCGGACGUAGAGAACACAGCGGAUGGAGGAGUGUCCACCUCCGGGGGAAUCAUGCCGAACCGGUGCGAGGACCAACUCCCAAGUGAGGGGCAUCCCGAAGAGAACGAAAAAAAAAACAAAAGCAAACUCCUGCAGUACUACGAUUUACACAUAAAAGUGAAAGGACCCGCAGUGAAAGAUCUGGCAGAUGUUUUUAUCGACUCACUUAAGAUGGCAAAAACGUCCAUCACGAGGGAACCAAUAGAGGAACAGGAAAGAUAUGAGGACGAAGAGGGGAACUCCUGCUUCGUGCAAGUGCUGGAGUCAAAUGUACUGAGAAAAAUUCGAUCCAUUCAGUCCACCUUUGAGUGGGUUAUUAAAAACGGAGCGACGAAAAAUAUCUACAUAACGACUAGCUAUUUUAUUCCUCCUGGUUUUCUGAGGAGAGCUUUGUUUUCUUCCCUGAACAACGGGGUAGACAUUUCGUUCCUCCUUUCUGGGAACUCGGAUGUGUUGGGCGACGUUCCCGCUACGUAUCACAUCGUGAAGAAGUUUCUGAGGAGGUCCCAAAAGGGCAGCGUAAGUAGCGGCAACAACAACAAUAGUGACCAGAGCGAUCAACCCAUACAGGGAAAAGCAAACUCCUACCUGCACAACCUGCGGAAGCGAGCCGAGUCCAGAAUAGGAGACAACUUCCUGAAGAGACAAAAAAAGGGAAACUGCGACUUUUAUUUCUUUCAGAACAGACACUGUCAUGCAAAGAACCUCAUGGUGGACAAUCUGUGGUGUGCCGUGGGUUCAUACAACUGGGAUCGAUUUUCCUCGAGACGUAACUUAGAAGUAAUGGUUUCCAUCUUUGACAAAAAAAUAUGUGAACAGUUUGUGAAGGAGCAUAAGAGUAAAAUAAAAAACGAAUCAGAACAAGUGACCCUCGCGCAGGUGGCCAAUCGCAACGUGUUUCAGGGAUUCUUCAGCUACUGCGCCUAUCAUAUGGCUAAAUUGUCCGGAAAAAACAUUUUGGACGGUCUAUCCAAGGACAGCAAGAAGACUAUUCUGCGGAAAGCCAUUGUGAAUAAAUACCUAUCGGACAACUGCGUGGAAAAUAUCUCCCUCAACAUGAUGUGGGGCGCGUAG